AUGGCUUUGAGACGCCAGAAAUGUUCGUGUGUCUUUGGAUCCAGCUUGCCCCGCCUCGCACAUCUACCCAAUGCUCGUACACUGCGUGUUGGUCACUCAUUCUUCCAUGGCCAGCCAUGCCCUCAAACAAAUUCCAAUUUUGCCGAGAUGCCGGAUGCCGACAAUGAUGACGAGGCAGCAAUGAGCUCGCCAAGGGUUACCCACCUCCUGUCGACAGCUGCAUUUACACCAGAGCCGCGCCCCUUCUCGUGGCUUUUCAGGCGAAUGCACCGGUCCAACCCAAGAGAUCACAUCCGUGUUCAACUCGACCUCCACAAUACUCGAAGGCUGUGCUGA